AUGUCUGCCUCCUUUCUUGGCGCGCGCGCGUUCAACCAUGAACAGCACACAGAUGCAGAGGCUGAGUAUGAUCGGCUACGAGGAUUAGCCAGACACGAAGCUGGACUUCGCGGUUCUUGUUUUGACAGGUCCCGUCAAGCCUACGAGAAUGGUGAUGGCCAACGGGCCAAGGAGCUAUCCGAGGAGGGCAAGGAGCACGGCCGAAAGAUGGAGCAAUAUAACAAGCAAGCUUCGGAAUUUAUCUUUAGAGAGAACAACGCCGAAGGUCGUGUUGCUGCGGAUACUAUAGACCUGCACGGCCAAUUCGUCGAGGAAGCGGAGGAUAUUUUGGAAGAGCGCAUCAAAUACGCGAGGCAGCAUGGGCAGGACCAUCUUCACGUGAUCGUUGGCAAGGGGAACCAUUCCGCGAACCACGUCCAGAAGAUCAAGCCUCGUGUUGAGCAAGUUUGUCGUGACCUUGGACUCCAAUAUGCCACCGAGGAGAAUGCCGGGCGGAUAUAUGUUAACCUCACCGGUGGCCCUGCUAACAUGCCACCGCAUUCAUCACACCCUGGCCAGGGCCAUGGUCAGUACAACCAACCUCCCCACGGCCAACCUCAUCAUGGCCAACCUCAUCACGGUCAGCCUCAUCACGGUCAGCCACACGGUCAGCCCCAACACCAGCAGGGUCACCAACAAGAGACUCCUGCCGAAAAGAUUGCCCGGAAAGCCUUGCCUAUCGUUCUCAGGAAGCUUGAAAAGGCUUGCUGUAUUGUUAUGUAG